GCGGAAGAGCGCGCGCGACGGGCGUGUGAUGCGCGUGUAGUCAUAUCCUCGCAGCAUGGAGUCCGCCGUGGACUCAGCGUCGACCGCGAGUGAGGUGAGCGGCUCCUCCGGGGGCUCGCCGAGGGUAAAGGCAGCGUCACCGGCUCGUGCGCUCAGCCCACCCCAACUGAUGGCGCCGCGACUUCCGCUGCCGCCGCCGGGACUCGGUCUGUUAGGUUCUCUGCAGAUGAUGCACCACUCGCCGCUCGAGCUGAUGGCGGCGGCGCACCAUCACGGUCCGCCACGCUACGGUAGCCCGCCGCCUAUAUCUACUUCCGAUCCUUCCGCUAAUGAGUGCAAGUUGGUCGACUACAGAGGACAGAAAGUGGCCGCCUUCAUCAUCCAAGGUGACACGAUGCUCUGCCUGCCGCAAGCAUUUGAACUUUUCCUGAAACACCUGGUCGGGGGACUGCACACAGUGUAUACUAAGCUUAAAAGAUUGGACAUAGUGCCGCUCGUAUGCAAUGUGGAACAGGUUCGAAUAUUACGCGGACUUGGCGCCAUCCAGCCGGGCGUGAACCGGUGCAAGCUACUAUCCUGCAAAGACUUCGACGUCCUCUACAAGGACUGCACAACGGCAAGGUGCCUGUCAAUGAAAGCGCCAGACAGCUCCAGACCGGGUCGACCACCGAAGCGCGCGACCGGAGUGGGACUCUCUCUGGCAGCGACACAGUUCCCCGGGCACCCCUUCAAGAAGCACCGUCUCGAAAACGGCGACUAUUCACCUUACGAAAACGGACACAUGAGCGAAAUGGCUCGACUUGAAAAGUCACCACUCCUCGCCAACGGAUACAACGCGCCACCGACGCACCUUGGUCCUAUGGGCUUCAUGCACCAGCACGCUCUCAUGUCUCCCGGAAUGCCUCAUCACGGCGUGCCCAGACCGGACGGCUCCAUCAUUAAAGGCCAACCAAUGCACAACAUGGAAGCAUUAGCAAGAUCUGGUAUAUGGGAGAAUUGUAGAGCGGCAUAUGAGGACAUCGUAAAGCAUCUCGAAAGAUUGCGUGACGAAAGAGGCGAUAUGGAACGAGUUAUGGCGAUGGAUAAAGCUCGCGAAGGAUCGCAUAACGGUUCAUCGCCAGGACAUAGUCCGGUGCUGAACUUAUCUAAGUCCGGAUCGGGGGGUGAUCGCGAACGUUCUGAUCGGAACGACCGUGAGCGCGGCGAGCGAGGCGACGGCUCCGCUAGCGGCCGCAGUUCGGCAGCGUCACGCCGCACCCCGCAGCCACCGAGGAUGCCUUCGACAGCCACAGCCGCUGUCUCCCCUCGCUCGCACUCCGAUGACAGCGACGCACCCCUUUCCGACCAGGACGACCACAAUGUCAAAGACGAAGAUGAAGUGUAUUACCUUUCAUCAGGGGGAGACAUGAGCGACGGAGAGCGCGACAUUCCAGCAUCGACGUCACCGGCUCCUGUGAGCUACCCGCCCCCCACCGUGACGCCAACGUCUGUCCCUGUCGAUCCCACUGCUGACACCCUCGUCUCCUCCACCGAGACUUUGCUCAGGAAUAUCCAGGGCCUGUUAAAAGUUGCCGCAGAUAACGCAAGACAACAGGAAAGACAAAUCAGUUAUGAAAAAGCUGAACUGAAAAUGGACGUCCUAAGAGAACGAGAAGUGAAAGAUAAUCUCGAAAGACAACUUGUCGACGAACAGAAAUUGCGAGUAAUCUACCAGAAGCGGCUAAAGAAAGAAAGGAAGCAGAGGCAAGUGGUACAAGAACAACUAGACAUUGAACUGAAAAGACGACAGAAGAUAGAGGAGGCUUUGAAGCAAUCAGGAGCGCCGCAGGAAAUCCUCAGAAUCGUGACUGAGAACCUAUCGCCAGCCGGGCAGGAGCAGGGUCGUCACGAGCGUGAGAACGGAUCCGAGAGCAAGCCACCUAGCACGGAGCCCCCCUCGACGUCACCGCCGUUCCAGCGCGACCCCCCUCGCACACCUGACAAGCCGCAAUGGAACUAUCCUCCCCCUCCCGUCGACAUCAUGAGUGGUGGAGCUGCAUUCUGGCAAAAUUACUCUGAGUCCUUGGCGCAGGAGCUGGAAAUGGAACGCAAAUCUCGACAACAGGCGAUGGAACGUGAUGUGAAAAGUCCUUUGUCAGACCGCGCCGGCUAUUACAAGAACUCAGUGUUGUUCAGUUCGGCCACUUAGCUGACAAACCCGGGGGCUGUACAUUACCCCAACAAUCAAGACUAUAAUAAAGACGCAGAAGAAUCAAGGAAACCGAUGAUCAGCGUCAAACCUGAAUUCAGAGAAAAAUAAGCCCAAAGAUUCCGUUGGUUUAAAAGUAAUCGUGAGACGCCAUAUCGCGAACGAUUUCUUCGAGAGCCUUCUAGAAUUAGAAGCGAUAGGACUAUUGAUCGUUCGACUCGGUUUUAAAGUAUUAUUUAAGAAUUCACGGACUUUGGUAAAUAAGUUGUGUAGGUACUUUUGCAUUAUUGAGAUUAAUUUGUAAAUAUAGUAACGAAAUAGUAAUACGAGAUAAUAGUUUCGAACGAAAUCUCGAACGUUUUUCUUCCAUAGUAAAAUUUGUAAAUAUCUCUCUUUACUAGCUAUAAGUCAAUGCGGUUUUUAUAGACGAUUCUAGUAUUCAUUCGUCAAUAUUUUUAAAUCCUUCCUGAGGAGGUACCUUCGUACUAAUUUUAUGCCAUAUUUAUCGGUUAAGUUAUUAUUUUUGUUAAGUAAAGUAAUUUUGCGAGUUUCUCUUUAUUACGCGUUUAAAAUCAAUUUUAGUGAUUUCAAAAAGCAAUAAUUGGAAUUGACCUAAGACUGUUUUUGAAGUUUUUUUUUUCUUUUCAAAAAUAGAAACACACAAUAGGUGUCUCUAUACCAAAUACCUGGUUCCUAGAAUUAUUGUUUUUAUUUAAAAAAAAAAAAAUUGUUUCCUCAUUGGUAGGUACAAAACGCAAUGAUAAUAUACAUAAAUUAGAUCGAAUCACGGUCUUCUGCUGCGUGUUAUUUAUUCAAUAUUAGUGCAAUGAUUAGUUUUACUGAAAUUAGGAAUGUUUUAAAACUCUUAUCCACGAAACUUUAGGAUUUAAGUUAGUGAUUUUAAAAUGAUACAUUUUACGAUACUUAUUUGACUGAAUACUGAGAGACAUUUCGUGCGUACAAUAUAAAAUAGGUUUCGUUUACAACUUAAAUUAGAUGGUGUAUAAAUACAUAUAACUUUAAUUUAAAUUUCCCAUAUCCGUAAUGCAGAAUCAAUGUAAAUGAGUAGUUUGUUACAUUCUAAGAUUCGUAAUUUUAACAUUAUAUAUAUAUAUAAAAAAAUGAUAGCGUUAUUUAUAUCGCAUAGUUACGUGAGAAGACGAUGUCUUAAUGUUUCGAUUAAGACGUGGUUGGAAUGGUCGAGAUAUCGACGCUUGACUAUUCAACGGUGCAAAUGCCGACAUCACACAGCAAAUUCUGAUUCAUAUUUUACAACACAGAGCAUAGUUUUUUUUUUUUUAUGAUUGA